GAGAGUGCUGCUGGGUGCGCCAUUUUUGCUGGCUUACAUGGGGAGCGGAGUUGGGAAAGCCGUGUUUUAAAAAACCACACCAGUUUCCGGACAUGAAGCACUUCGAGGAUAACAAGUAAACCAGAGCGGUAGGAAAUCAUUUGUUUGCUCAAGUGAAAAGUCUUCCAUUUGCAUUCUUGCUCGCCAAUUUUCCCGCUGAGAGGUUGUCGGUCAAACUCGAGUCCAAUGGAUCCCAGGACCGCUUGGAUCCAACCGGAGCAGAAGGGACCUGCCAAUUCCCUAUGGAUGCACAUUUGGGAAACGUCUCAGGGAUUCGCCGCAAAUUCCGCCAUCGACAACCACAUCCAGUACCAACGCAGCCACGUAACAUUAAACGUUAUCCCAACCGACUCCAACAGCGAGUGCCGUGAAAGUGUGGAGGCGCCGCUCGGUGCCGUGUUCGGGAAACUGUCGAAGCGAGACGGCGGUGGAGAGAGGGGGAGCGCCCGGAGGAAGGGUUCCUUGUCGCCGUCGUCGUCCUCUCUGGACUCGGAGGCCGAGAGCUCGUCUCCUUCCGGCUCCUCUCUCCAAAUAGACAAUUUAAACGUCGCCGAAGAGGCCGGUCGGUUUUUACACUACGGCGAACACGAGCUGAACGAGAACGUGAGGCGGCAACACCCCCCUCCGCCGCUCCACGCUGCUCCCCAACAUUGUCGCAGCACGCAACAAUCUGGCGGCCACACCCCCGCCAGGAUGAAGAACCAGCACGGGAAUAAGCAGCACCAUUACCAGUCGUCGGGCCGCAGGAGGUGUUUGAACCGUGCCAACACUUUCCACGGCGUCAACCCGCUGCUGGCCCACGGAUGCAGCGGACACCGCGCAGACUCUUGCAGCCUGUGGAAGACCAGGCGCUACAGCCCAGGUGUCAAUGGUCUCCACGAAGAGAUAGUGGACUUUUUCAACUUCAUGUCACCGCGCCCCGAAGAGGAGGCCAUGCGAAGAGAUGUUGUGAAACGGAUCGAGACCGUCAUCACGGAACUCUGGCCUACAGCUCGGGUGGAGAUAUUUGGCAGCUUCAGUACGGGACUCUAUCUUCCAACCAGUGACAUUGACCUGGUGGUGUUUGGAAAGUGGGACCAUCCACCACUGCAGGAGCUGGAACAAGCACUGAAGAGACACAACGUGUCAGGCCCACAUCCCAUCAAAGUCCUUGACAAAGCUACUGUGCCCAUUAUCAAGCUGACUGACCAUGAAACAGAGGUCAAAGUUGACAUCAGCUUCAACGUGGAGACUGCCGUCAAAGCAGCGCAGUUCAUUAAGAGCUACCUUAAGAAAUACACUGUUCUUCCACCACUGAUCUUCGUUCUGAAGCAGUUCCUACUCCAGAGGGAUCUGAAUGAAGUCUUUACCGGAGGCAUCAGUUCCUACAGUCUCAUACUGAUGGCCAUCAGUUUCCUACAGCUGCACCCUCGCAUUGACACGCGGCGCACCAACAUCAACUUGGGCAUCCUUCUGAUUGAGUUCUUCGAGCUGUACGGUCGCGAUUUCAACUACAUGAAGACGGGCAUCCGAGUGACCGGUGGGGCGUACCUGUCUAAGGAGGAGAUGCUCAAAGCCAUGGGGAACGGGAACCGGCCAUCCAUGCUUUGUAUUGAAGACCCAAUUCAGCCAGGUAACGAUGUGGGCCGAAGUUCAUACGGUGUCUUGAAAGUCAAGCAGGUGUUUGACUUUGCUUACAUGGUGCUCAGUCAUGGUGUGUCUCCUCUUGCCCGGGCAUACCCCAACAAAGAGUACGAAAGUACUUUGGGGCGGAUUAUCAAGGUUUUCCCAGAGGUGCUGGCCUACAGAGACUGGACCAUUAAGAAGUGGGGAGCCAAGCAGUAUGCCAACCGUGAGAAUCCUGAUGUACAGACCUGUGAGCAGGACUUUGCCAGGCUGAUGCUAGUGUCAGUGGAGGACCAGCGAGACACUUCCUCCCCCCUCAGUGCGGACUCCCCCUCUCCAUCUCCAGUCUUCCUCAACAGCCCUCAGCACCAUUCAUCAUCGUCAUCAUCAUCCCCCUGCUCGAACUCUUCCUCCUCUGGAAGUGAUAUUGAGUCUGAUCCUCCUCCAAGCAGCCACGAUGCCAUCCAUCUUCACUCCCUCAACCUGGCAUCAGUCCAUUCCUUAAUGCACAUGGCUACACAUCCAACAGGCUUCAUCCACGCUGCACCCCAGUUCUACCAUGAAUAUCUGCCAUCUAUCGACGUGGUGCACCGGAACUUGACACAAGCCUCCGUCUCCCAGCACUCCAACGCCACAAGCCCCAUACUCAGCCCCCUCCACCAGCUCCACCGCCCCCGGAUGGGAGGGCAGCACCAGCACACGUACGCUGUGCGACCUGACGCCCAAGGCCCCUUUGAGCCUCACAAAUUUGGCUUCAAGCACAACCAAGGCAGUGGCCCGCGUGGCCAAAGUCACUCUCAAGGUAGCUUCAGUCCCCAGCGGCGGGUCGUUCCUCAGGGCCACAGUACAGCGCCAGGCUUGAGGAACCAGCAGGAAUAUAACCGCAACACCUGGCGACGCAGGAAGAGGGACAAUCUCCCGGCUCUGAAUCAGAGCAGAUGAAGGACCGACACUGUACCACUCGACACUCUACUGCGCUUUGAGGCUCUUGUCUGGCUGUCAAACUGUCUUGGAACACACGCUCACCCUGGAAGACAUUUCACAUUGUCUCCAUUGUUCAAGUGACCAGUGCCCCAUCUGUGCUUCUGUACUACAAGCACAAGGCCACGUUACGCAGGGGAAGGACGACUGCCUUUAACGUCUCAGCUGUGCUUCUACAGCCAUCUUUGUUUGGCCCUCAGAAACACUCCCACGUAUGAAGCACACCAGCACUAUUUGAGGAGUUGCCAACCGAGGUGGGGGUCUCUGCCUGUGCCACUCCCAUAAAUCCUCUCAGAAAGCAAAGUCAUGUGCCAUAGUACUGAAUGGGUUCAUGAAGUUUUAACUCCUAUUGGGCCUUUUGGAUCUGUUUUUCUCCUGACUAAUUUGUUACUAUGAAUGCAUCAUUCCUUUUGCCAUGCUCUUACAGCUUGGACUCCAGUCUUUUGGACUGAAGUGACGCACUACCUUUCUAGCUAUGCAGCACAGCGCUGACUCAAUGUUUUUGGUGUGAUGGCACAAAAACUGACCCUGUCUCAAGUGCUUAAACUGUGAUGACUUGUUUGAAUGUACUGAGUGUUUAUUUUUGUGUGUCGAACUUUAUUUUGUUUGCUUGUGUUUGUCACUGAGGGAUUUUUUUUCCAUUCACAUUGGCACUUUAUUUUUGUUGCAUUCAAAUGCAAUAAUAGGUUGCUUUUAUUUAAUUUAUUUCACAUUUUUGUAUUUUUCUUUUAGCAUUUUGCCCCCCCCCCACACCCACUUUGUCCCCCCCCUACCCAAGUCCCAUUGACCUGUGCAAUAUACGGAUUUGUAAGGGCCUUGAAGGAAUGUUCCACUUUCCAACUGAGGGGGAGCUGUAGUAUAGCGACAUGAGAAAUGUGCCAGAAAAAUCUUGUGACGUUUUGCGGUUGAAAUUACGGUCACAUGAUCAUGACAUUGUGAUGAUCAUGUGACCGUCAUGACAUAAAUUUCACCAGUCCAAAUAUCGUCAUACUGUGGAAAGAUCACUUUUUGGCACCCUUUCCUAUUGUCAUUUCAGAAAUAUUUGGUGCUACUUCUCACCAGCCAAGUGCUUAUGUUCUGCCUUAUAUCUGCUUUAAUUGUGUGAAAGCAGAAGGUCCACUGCCUUCUCCAAUGACCAAAUUCUCCCAUACAGCCUGCAUCUUUCAUGUGUACUGUAGUUUCUUGUUGUCAUGAGCAUCAUGACGUGUCAGUCGACAUGGUGUCCAUCCAUCACUUGCUUUUUCCUUUUUAUAUUUCAAGUAUGUCAAGGAAUCCAUCUGAUGGCUAGGUCUAUGUGAUGUACAUGUCCAAUGUUGGAGGUUUAAAAGCCAAACAAACGUUUGUGAAGUCGUUUCAGCAUUUAGUCCAUCCAAACUGAUGAAUCAGACUUGAUACUGAAAAGCAGGUUUUUGUUAAGCUCUUCAAGAUAAUCAAUGAGUGGUUACAUCUUUAGACACCAAACCAAAUCCCCAGCUCGUAUCUAUGUAAGGAAGUGUAAAUGACUGAGCUAUAGAUGUAUUCUCUUUUUUUAAGUCUUAAGUUUUUCUAUUUUUUUAAUAAACAUUUUAAAUGCCACUUUAUUGUGAUGUGUGUUAG